AGCUCAUCAAAAGAAUGCAGAAAAUAUAGACGAAUUAAAAAGUGAACUUAACUAUCUCCAGGAACAUACAAAACAAUAUAUUUCUUGCUUUAAACAAACUUACAGUGAAAUCACUGCUGAAUUAGGUUCUGAAGAAGAUCAAAUAACAGUAAAAAAAGAAAUUAUUGAAAACGAAUAUGAUGAAAAUGAACUAAACGAAACUAAAGUUGAAACUAAGAUUGCAUAUUUUGAAAAGCUGCAGUAUUUACCAAGUUCAAGUUUGGAUAAUACUUAUGCAGGUACCGAUAAAAUAAUCAACCUCUUACUGUUUGGAUUGCCUUUUAGUGGAAAAAGUGCCACAGGAAAUUCACUUUUAGAACAAAAUGUGUUUAAAACAGGAAAUUGCGGCGAUUUAAUAACAAACAAAUUAGGAAUACAAAUUAAUCACAAUUUAAAUAAAACAAUUUGUGUUUUGGAGUAUUCAGAACAAGAAAUAUACAGCGUUAUUUUGCAUGGACUAGGCUCAAUGGAUCGCUCAUUAAGUGCAGUUGUAGUUGUUAUUGAUUACUUUACGAUAAAUUCUGUCCAUUUAAAAGACAAAACUAAACACAUAUUGUGUCCGGAAUAUAGAACACUGUAUGAAAAUUAUGGGAUACUAGUUGUUACGGGAGGUGAUAGUUUUGAACUUGACCAUGGCAGUUCUUCUUUUUUAGACUUUUAUUAUAACAGGAUAAAAACUGUACAAGAAUUUGACUGCUUUUCUAAUCGUGUAGUUCUGUUCAACAAUACAACAAAUUCAGUGGACACUAAAACAACACAAAACUCCGAAUUACUUAAACACGUGGAAAAUCUCAAGAAAACUGGACAGCUUGAACUAACACAGAACAAUUUUAAACUUAUAUUUGUUAAGAUGUUUAAGGCUUUUCUUUCACAACACAAGGACCUUUUAAUUAAAGAAUGGUUAAACCACCCUUUCUUUCAAAGAACAGACAUUGAAGUACUCACGUUUAUUUCAUCAUUCAAAGACCGCAAGAAUAAACAGUUUAAUUCCGUGUAUAAUAUUGUAACAACAUUAAAUGAAAUUAAAGGAAAAACUAAAUUUCACUACGACCUGAUUUUGUUUGAAGACAGUGAAUUUGUGAAUAAGUCCAUGGUUGAAGCGUUCAACAGCAUCUCCUGUUUAAAAAUUGACGUUAUAGGAUUUGCUAUCAAUUUGGAAAAUUUAUGUAAGCUGUUAAAAUCUAGACAUGAUGCAGUGAUUUUAGUUACAUCAUUCUCAAUGCUAAAGACACUAGACUUGCAUUUAGCUCUCAAAGAUUUUCCGGAUUUUAGUGAAAUCAAAAGGAAAUGUAUAUUGUUAGUAACUUAUGACCCAGAGUUUGACACAGAUGUGGCAGAUUCAGAUAUUGAAAUUUUAUGUAAGUCACAAGGGGAAGAUUUCAAAUACUUGUGGACACAAUGUGAACACAGAGCUGUUCUGUUUGAUACAACGACAACAGAUGUUCUCACGAAAACGGAGCAAAUGUUGAAUCUACUGAAAUGUAUCGUAAAAGUCAUAACUUAUAAAACAUUUGAAGAAAUCGCCCAACCUUACAAACUAUACAAAGAUGAUUUCAACACUACAUGGAAACAACUGGAAACCUCUGAAAGUGGUGGAAGCAAACAUAUUGAUACAGACACAGAAACAAGCCAUAAGAAACAAAGGAGAAAACAUCGCCUCAGCAAAUUCACAAAGAUGAAAACUUCCAUCGACAGAGAUGAACUGAAAAAGGAAAAGCAUGAAAUAGAUAUGGAAAUAAAGAGACUUAAAAAACAACAUUGGGAAAUUAAGAUAGCUAAACUUCAAAAACGUCGAAAAGUUAAGAAGGAAGAAUUUAAUAAAGAAGAACUAGUGGAAGUUUCUACCUUAAUUCAACAUCAACACACUAUCUGAAAAUAGUUCCAGAGUAAAUAGUUUACUUCGCCUUAACAAAUACAUUUUGCAACUGUUUCUAAAUUUCGUAAAAAUGUUUUGCAUUAAAUCCUUACUCUUCUCUUUCUGCUGAAAUCACUAGAAAUCAAAAAAGCAUAAUAAAACAAAUUUGAUUAUUUAAUAUUACUUUGUCA